AGUGUCUGUUUUUCCGUCACUAACGUUCACCGUUUCUCACCUCCGUCAUUCAAAAUACUUGUGAGUCUACUCCAACGUGAAUGUUAACGGCCGAUCACAGUGUGCCCUUUUUUUCUUCAUCUCUCUGUAGUUCGAAUAGAUGAUUGGAGAGGGUUUCCUGUGAAGAUCUUCCACAGUUCUUUACGGAUUCAAAGCUAAUGUUUUUAAGCUUAUGCCCGUGUAAGUGAUGAUCUGAUCAAAAACCCAGUCUUGUUUUCAUUUUUUUUUUUUUUUGGGUUAAUUUUGAAGCAAUUUAUAUUAGGAUGAUGUUAGGGAUUAUGGACAAGGGUUUAUUGUGAGAGGGAUUGUUGAGGGGAUAUUGGUCGGUCAAAUAGUUGCAUAGAGAAAUUAGUAUUAGUGCUAGAUAACGAGAACCGUUGUUGGAGAUUACUGAUUGGAGUGAAGCAUAAUGGGAGAAGAUUUAUUGACCAAUUUAACCAUUGAGAAUUAUCCAUCAACGUUUUUGUCCAUGGAUUCAAUUGCCAACUCUCAUGAUGACUCUGACCGGGAUAUGAGUAGGCAGAGUGCCCUGCAGCCGCCCGAUAUUAAUCUCCCCUUUUCUGUUGAGCGUAGUCCUCCACCUCAGCCAUGGAACCAUGAAGCCUUUGAUAUGCUAGAGGUUGGUCUGGGACACCAAAUUACUGACCCUGAUAAGCUCCUUGAAUUGCCUAAAAUUGUGCGAAAGUGUGCUAAGAGGCUGGACAGUGUGUGGGGCGCUUGGUUCUUCUUUAGUUUUUACUUCAAGCCAGUUUUGAAGGAGAAAUCGAAGUGUAAUAUUGUUAGGGAUAGUAAUGGGGUUUCUGGCUUAGAUAAGUCAGAUCUUCAGCUUGAUGUCUUUUUGGUUCAGCAUGACAUGGAGAAUAUGUAUAUGUGGGUGUUUAAGGAGAGGCCCGAGAAUGCACUUGGGAAGAUGCAAUUGAGGAGUUACAUGAAUGGACAUUCUCGCCAAGGUGAGCGUCCGUUUCCUUUCAGUGUGGAUAAAGGUUUUGUAAGGUCUCAUAGAAUGCAGCGGAAACAGUACAGGGGUCUCUCCAACCCUCAGUGUGUUCAUGGUAUUGAGUUGGUUCCAUCUCCUAAUCUUGUGGUUAUGGAUGAGGAAGAGCAGAAGAAAUGGAUGGAAUUGACAGGUAGAGACCUCAACUUUUCUAUACCGCCUGAAGCUAAAGACUUCAGUUCAUGGAGGAACCUUCCAAACACAGAUUUUGAGCUUGAGAGGCCUAUUCCGGCUUUAAAGAGUAAUCUACAGGCCCCUACAAAAAAAUUGCUUAAUGGGUCCGGCUUGAAUCUGUCCACUCAGCCUUCAAAUCAUGUAAAUGGCAAUGGGAUAGAUCUCUCUUCUAUUUGCAAUAAGAAAAGGAAAGAUAUUUUUUCACCUGGAAAUGAUGACGAUUGUUGCUUGGCUGCCAAUAAUUCAGAUCGACACCAAGAUGCAGAUAUCCACCCUGUUGAGCCUCCCUGGAUGGGUGAAUUUUCAGGGGUAAUAAGGAAUGUAUAUGGACCUGUUACAGCUGCAAAAACCAUUUACGAGGAUGAAGAAGGAUACUUGAUUAUCAUCACCUUGCCUUUUGCAGAUCCUGAAAGAGUAAAAGUACAUUGGUGGAACAAUCUAACUCAUGGUAUUGUGAAGAUAUCAUCCAUCAGUACAGCAUGUAUGCCUUUUAUCCAGAGGAAUGAUAGGACAUUCAAGCUGACUGAUCCAUCUCCUGAGCACUGCCCUCCUGGAGAAUUUAAAAGGGAAAUUCCACUUCCCACUCGAAUUCCAGAUGAUGCCAAGCUAGAAGCAUAUUUUGACAAAAGUGGAACUGUGCUCGAGAUCAAAGUUCCUAAACAUCGCACGGGGCCAGAAGAGCAUGAAGUUCCCGUGUGCCUCCGCCCUCCAAAUGAGUUUGGCUUAUCUUGAAGACGUUUUUCAGUUUGCGUUAAGGGUAGACAAUGUUGUCAAUUUCCUUUACAUUUUAGAAAUUUUUAUGAAAAUAGAGAGACCAAAAAUUCCUCCUCACUCAUAAGAUAGUAUUUUAACUGUCUCCAGAACAAUUGUUUUGGUAUUGUCUUUUGGAAUUGGUAUAGUUGUACUGAUGGUUAGUUAUGAGUUGCAAGGUUGAAAUUCAUUGAUCAGAA